AGACGUUUUGUAAGACUUUUUGUAAGCAAACCACCGAACAGAAAAAUAGUUAAAAAUCUGCCCUUAUUGAUUUUCCCAUCUGCAAAUUCUGCAGCCAUCACAGAUGUGAAAUAGUUCUCAAUAUCUAGCAAACUGUUAGGGUGAAGAGAGUCCAUGUGGGGGCUUAGCUCGGCCUCCAUUUUAAGUAGCAAGGGGCCUAUCCCCACCGCUUCUGGUUUUCCACAGGCCUGCCGAAUACACCCCAUAGCAAGAGAAUAAACAUGCCGAUAUUCCAUCUUGCUGCCCGUUUAGGUUCUGAUUGGGGAGGAUAUGUCUGAGCAUGUCCCUGACUGGGUAUUUUGUAUAUAUUCAACAGCACUCACCAAAAAACAAAGAAAGAAAAACACCACCAAAGAAGAUGAGCAUAAGGGAUGAUGAAAUGAGCAAUCUUCUUGAUAUCUCUCAAGAUAUGGAAACUGUUGUUCAAGCCCCUCGGCCUGGGAGAGCCACUUUUUCGCUCUCAAAGAGUUCGGACCCAUAUCUCAUUCCAAAGGAUGAGGUUUUCACAUCACAGGCUGUUAGAAACAGAGUACCUGAUGGCAUAGGGCAGAGAAGUGAUGAUAACAUAGUGGACCUGACAAAUACCCAGGACGGGUUGCGGAAUCUGACUGAGAGUGCUCUAGAGGAAGAACCUGAACCAGCCCCCACACGUCUAAGCAGAUUGAAGAGAAAAGCAAAGAGUAAGGAUGUAGUAUCCCAUGAACAGCAUCAACCCGGACACAUGGCGCCCAGGGACUCCAACGUGGAGGUGCAGCCAGCCUACAAAAAACCCAGAAGGGCUAUCCUGGAACCUGAACAUGAACCGGGGCUCCGUGAUGUCCAAGAGCUGAACUUCCAAGAUAACGAGUUCUUGGCCAGCAUGGCACGUGUUACAGAACACAUAGAGACAUUGAUAAGGACUAGGGCUGUGGCUUUUGAACGCAAGGCCGAAGCUGAGCAACACAUUGAGCAAGCAAAACGCAUCAUACGUAAAGAAAUGGCCGUGAUUAGUGAUACUUCACAACAGCUACAAUGUCUAAAGACACGUGCAAACCCUGUGUGUGAUUUCGUAGACAGAAAUAAAAAAGAUCAACCAUACCCUGUCUGCAUACAGGUGGGGGGAGGGUCCGCAUCUAGCCACCAGCCAGGAGGGUAUAGGAAUGCUUCUGAUUCUUCAGACAAAUUUGAACCAUCCGAGGAGUCACCUAGUGGCCCCGGUCCUCAGAAUGCUUUUACUGAACAGUGUGAAACCCAGAAUGGGUCCUCUCUAAGUGAGGCUUCUGAUGUUGGCCCGAAUGCCACCCCCAAAGAGCGGGCUACCCACAGUGGAGCUUCUCGAGGAGGCUUGGCGUUCGAUGUUGGACCUGCAGCUGGUUCCCAACAGUUCUCUUCUGAAGAAGCAGCAGGCAUUUCUGAAGAAACCCCACCUGUGGAUCUUCAGUUUAUACAGCGUUAUAAUAGGAGCUAUGCACGCUUUAAUGGAACUGAAAUGUAUUACGAAUUCAAGUUUGUGAAUUUGGACAGAGUACACUCCUUUUGUGAUGCGCUAUCUGGGAUGCAUUCUGCUAUUCAAAGGGUUCUGGAUAAUAUAAACAACCAUAUAGAACCAGGGGACUUUGUACAGCUCAGAUUGCGAGCGCCAGGGAUUUCAAACCCCCUUUACUCAGCAAGGAGACAGGCAGGCCAUCUGAACGCUGAGGCAUUCCUAAGCGCUAUAUCUAACCUGCUUCAAAGUUAUGCACAAAUUUUAGCUGAUGGUGUAUUAACACUGGCUGUGAUUGUCAUCACACCCCCCACGAGGAGCCGGUCGCAGGCAUAUAAAAUCAAUACCCUAUAG